GUUAUGCAGGCGGCAGGUAUUCGUCAAGACUGCAGAUGGAAGUAGCGUUUAUUAUCACGCAAUAAAGCGGAAGGAAAAAGCAUUUCUGGAGAUGAUGGACGGGCCCGGAUUAGGAUAUUCAUAUCAUCUCCCAUCAGCUGGUUGGAAUCUCAAAGUCAGAAACGCAUUGUCGCAAUUCAGUGAUCUUUUCAGCGAAUUUAACAAAUAUAUCGCACCGGCUUAUCAUCAUGACCGUUGCGAAAGAUCCGUACAGAUGCGUUUAUAUUCGAUGCACAAGAGGGAGUUCGUCAUGGUGUUUGUUGCCUUUUUUGCGUGUUUUGGAUUAGCAGUUUUUAUCGGUCUUGCUGGGCCGCCUAUAACGUCAACCAGCGAACAGAAGGCUCAUUUGAAUGGUAGCGAAAUGGCCACUGGUCCAUUCAUCAUGAAGACACCUCUGUUGUCUACGUACAGCCAACAAUUAUGGGUGAUUGCCAAGCUAUCGACAUCGAAUACUGAUGAUGAGAGAUAUGACAAAGGAUUCCAAGUUAGCGUUUCCAUAGAUGGUAUCACUGCAGAUCGCAAGCUCGUAUCCGUACUAUCCCCAGAAGCUGGACAUAAUCGAACUAGACAUUUGAAAUGCGAGAGGCAAUCUUGCGAAGAACUUGUUGUUGCUCACCUCGGAUUCCUCGAUUAUAGUUACUACAUAAUCACUGUCCGCUUCCAUGGACUUGAGAGCUUCCACCAGCGAUACACGAUACGAGAACUCACAUUCUACUUUAAGAACUACAAUCCAGCGUUCACGCAGAUCGAAAUCUGGUUCCGACUAAUCUUUUUACUGACAACGUUCGGAGUAAUGUGCUGGUUUGGCCAUUCGCUUAGAAAGUAUCCGCUGCAUGAUUGGUCGAUAGAACAAAAGUGGAUCUCUAUACUUCUUCCAUUACUGAUUCUGUACAAUAAUCCGCUGUUUCCCAUGACUUUCUUGGUGAAUUCCUGGGUACCUGGUAUGUUGGAUGCGAUCCUACAAACGACAUUUCUAUGCGCCAUCCUCAUGUUCUGGCUCUGUGUCUAUCAUGGCCUUAGACAGAACGAGAGACGACUUAUCACAUUUUACCUACCCAAGCUUUUAGUAGUGGGUAUGUUGUGGGGUGCGGCAUUGACCCUUGCUACAUGGCUUCGUUGCACUGAGCUGGAGGAUCCCACAUAUAAUUAUGUUCUCGAUACAUCGAAUUAUUACGGCUUCAAAGUAUUUUUCUUCACGGUGGGUGGCUUCUACAUCGCAUAUCUACUGCUUCUUAUAUUAAAAGCUUACAGCGAACUACGAUCCAUGCCAUAUUUUGAUUUACGUCUGCGGUUUUUGACAUUGCUUGCCGCGGUGGUCGCCGGCGUUUGUAGUUUAGUCACCGCACGUCAAUUCGGAGCUGGUGUGUUGGAGGACAGCUUUGCUUCUCGCCUUUCGACUUAUUACCGCACAUCCGCGCAGUUCAUGGCUCUUUACGGUCUCCUCAAUUUUUAUUUGUAUACCAUGGCAUAUGUUUACGCACCUGCGCUCCAGCAGGUCUAUGGACAACAUUCAUCGAUAACGAAAGAUAGCCCUGCGUUUUCAAUGUUCAACGAUUCAGAGGAGGAAGUAAUAUACGGAUCAGAUGAGGACAGCCGACGUCCAUUAACUCGUGCCCCGCGAAAUGCAGAGGAUAGUGACUGAAGGCCUUAAAGAAGAUUUCAUGUCUUAAUUGAAAGAUAGAUGGAUUUUCAUUAAAUGAAAAAGAAGGUUUUCGAUUCUUGUUUCGAUUCCGAUUCGCAGUCAUACUGCCGUCACAUUAAAAAUCGAGAAAAGUCAAACUGAAAGAUGUAAUUUGUUGAAAAAUCAAAUAUUAAUUUUAAAGAAAGACUUCGUGUCUCGUUUAGGGAAUAAAGAAAGUUGCAUAUUGUAUAUAAAACUUGAAUAUAUACUAAUAAUGUGAAUUUAUGUAUUGUAUUGUGCAUAGAAGAAUAUAAGAAUCGAUCGAAAGGAAGAGAUAUGGAAUGCUAGAAAUAGAUAAAAAA